AAAGAUGGUAAAAUAUACGUAAGAAAAAGAAAGGUUCCAUUAGCGAAUGCAGAGAGCGACAACAUUAAGGUGCAUGGCACCGAGGGUGAAGCCCAUAUAAAACCUUCUAUUCAAACUGAAAAGUCAAUAGAACCAGAAGAAAAGAAGCCAGAUGUACUUUCAAUAACGAACCAAGAGCUUAUUGCAAAGUUCGUGAAUUUCAUUGAAAAACAAACCGAGUCAAAGAAUCCUGACCCGCCAGUGAAAGAAGUUGAGACAAAAGAGAAUGUACAGUUCAUUGAAAAUGUCAAGAAACAACUUCCACCACGAAUGCCAAGAAGAAGAGUGAGAAUAAUGAAGUAA